CAAAAGAGAAACGUCAUAUGUGCUCGCCGCAGGUCGCGCUGAACAAGACGACGUGCGUUUCAAAAUGGCAUCGUCCUUGAAGUCCUGGUCGUCGGUUAUGUUGAACGCGUUGGCCUGGGUAGGACCACGGGGGUUCCAUUCAACCGCUGUCUGCUGCAAGAACCGCGCAGCACGCAUCCGGGUGGGCAAAGGAGAGAAGCCCCUGACUUACGAACGGGCGUUACACCCGCAUCACAUCGCACACCGCAAGGGCUGGUUAUCACAGCACACCAGUAAUCUGGAUGGGGAGAGCGGCGCGGCGGACCGGAUCGUGGAGGAUGUCUUUAUCCGGCGCUUCAUGUACGGCACGUUCAUCAACUGUCUGACAAACGAGCUGGUCAUCAAGCGCCGGGGGAACAUACUGGUGGUGUGCGCCUUCCUGAACCAGAAGCUGCACCCGAGAAGGGUUUACUUCCUCAUCGGCUACACCGAGACGCUGCUCUCGUACUUCUACAAGUGCCCCGUAAAACUGGAGAUACAGACUGUGGGGGAAAAAGUGGUGUACAAGUACAUAUGAGCGCACGUGCCAACACUGCCUGAAUUCGUAGACCCGGGAGAGCCUCCAAAACUCAAAAAAAGGACAAGUUGGUUAAUUCACAUGGGCUCGUGAAUUAACGUAUAUGUGAAUAAGUGUGAGUAAUUGGACCGUGUUUGAUUUUGAAAGAUGCAAGAUUCGCAGUAACGCCUGUGUCUCAGGUUUGUGGUGGAUCCGGCCAUUGGUAGUGUUCUGUCUGAACAUGGCCACAAAGAGGAACUCCGAGAACAUUGAUUUCCUAUGUAAAAAAAAAAAAAAAAAAAAAGUAUCUUCGAAAGAGAGGCACAAUAUUUUCAUCUGUAUCAGCCCUUUCUGCAGCACUGAGGCUUGGGUGGUGUAAAGAAUGGCUGUUGGGGCAGUUGAUUGUCUUUUUCAUAGUGUGGACAGGACCAAUGGUCCUCACAGGUGAAUAAACGUUCUGAGGAAAUGC